AUGCCUGUUCAUUCCCCACUCAACUGGGAGACCGAACCCCUCCCAUUCCUCCCACCAACCGGCGACAACAGCCCCGUACCUAUCAAAUUUGUGCGGGAGAUCAUGACCAGUUCGUACUCAUCCAGUACAUCACCCGCCGACGUACAGAGUACUUCUGUCCAAGAAAUCCGAUGGUUCAAAGACGCGGAUGGAAAGGAGCAUGAGUUCCUCGUAGUUCGCGCGCUCCAUUGCACUGGCGGCGAAGUUGUCUUACGCUUCGAGCGAGCUCCGUCUCCGUACCACGUCGCAGCCGGACGCAUGACACUGAGUCAGAAGUUUUGUCUUUCUGCGCAGGAGAUGCCGGCAAACGAUACUGUCACCCGCCUAGAAACCACUGACAAUGUAUUUGGCAGUAGUGGCAAUUCACCCUUACUUGUGGCGUCUUACAAGUCUUUCCGCACACCCUUGCCUCUCCGAGACGUCAUUCUUGCCGCCAAUCUGAUAUCCAGCUAUGCCUCUUACACGGUCCUCAGGCAUCAGUGUUAUUGGUUCGUCCGAACCCUCACCGGGGUCAUUGAUACGGGCUACUCCCCUCAGGCGAAAAAUUAUGAGGCGGCAUUCGCUCAUAGUGGCACCUAUUCUCUGACGGGGCGUAUUCCCGUAUCCCUCAAUGUCGAGAAUCCGAAUGAAGUGGCAGAGAUUUCCGCGAGAUUGCUGGAAGAGAUAAAGGAGGACAAUGAUCUGGUAAUUUUUUCCCGUUUAGUGUCCGAAGUACUGUUCUCAUAG